AUGCCGAUGUACCACGAUUACCCCUGUUGGAUGAAAAAGCUGAAAACAACAUAUCCCGGUCUUCUUCAGGCUCCUUAUUACAAUAUCGAUAGUUGCUUGAGAUACUGCGUCAGUUUGGACAAUUGUUUGGUUGUCGAUUUUGAUCACAAAGCUGAUCCACCAUGCUUCGUCCAAUCCACUGCGGCGUCCGUCAACCUUGAUAGCCUCACAAGUCAUCCGAGUAGAGUCAAUUUUAUGUUAGAUAGAAACUGUUUGGAGCCUAAUUUGGUGCCAUACAGCGUUGAACUCUGUUGGGCAAGAAGAGAGAACUACCAUUACAAAGGAUUGAAGAACCUUCCUUACAACAGCCUUAUUUCUUGUUUGAACUACUGUGCCAGCAUUACAAGUUGCUUCAUGGUUGAUUACGAUCCCAAAGCAUCUCCACCAUGCUUUGUGUGGGAAGAUCAGGAACAAUUUAACCCACAGAAUUUUGAAAAUCAGGAUAGCACUGACAACUUUUUGUUAGACAGGAAGUGCCUUAGUUAUUUUAACUACUCCGAACUCUACAGUUCAGAAUUGUGUUGGAUAGUAAAUGAAAAAACGUACUACCCUGGCUUAAGUCAGGCAAAUUAUGCGACAGAAGAUCUGUGUUUGAAUCAUUGUGACAAUACUCCAGCAUGCAACGUUGCGGAUUUCAUUCCAUCGGACAACCCGCCCUGCUGGGUACAAACAAGUGCAAGUGCAGUUGACAUGAACAACUUGAAAGAAAAGGCUUCAGCAACCAAUUACAUCUUAGAUAAAACAUGUGAAUAA